CCGCUCUCCGUCCUCCUCGCUGCCCGCAUCCACCAGGCAUCUCUUUGUUCUUCAUAGACACUCACGACUUAUCUCUAACGACCACCACAUGUCUAUUUUAUCUAACGCUGGCACCAUGGCCGCGAUGCUCCGCCGCCAACCGCGCACGAGAACGCGCAAGAGCCCCCAGCUACACAUCAUCGAGGAAGAGUCCGAGAGCGAACCGCGCUCGUCGACGUCCUCCGCACACUCCCCCUCCAGCAGUCGCGUCGGCUCCCCCGUGUCGGGCGUGAAGGCCAGGCGCCGCAACGCCCGCAUCAGCGCUUCCGACAUCAAGAUUGCCUCUACCAUCCUCUCCGACCUCGAUGGCGGCGCCGCGCCGUUGACGCCGACGCGCCCUGCGCCCAGCCCGCCCCCGAACCGCGACUCGGACGAGUUCAGCAUCAUCUUCACCGAGAAGGAGUUCGACUUUCCCCACCCCCCUCUCCCGACGCCCUCUGCGUACGUGUAUGGCAGCGACAUGUCCUCCCCCUCGUCCAGCAGCGGCUCCUCUGCCGUCCCCGGCACGCCCACGACCUCCGACGACGAGUUCGCGACCACCCAGCCCCUUCACAUUGCCAAGAAGCCGCGGGCGGGGUCCCCAGAUUCCUCCUCGGACAGCGACAGCGACCUCGAGGAGGACUACGCGUGGUACUCGCGCGAGCUCGCCGGCGUCGUCGACAUGCAGCCCCAGCUCGCGCGCCGCCCUACGAUCACGGGGACGCGUCCGCGGCCCGAGUCGAUCUACGUCGCCGCGACCUCCUCCACCCGCGUCCUUCCCUGCCACAUGCCGUCGCCGCAGCUCGACCCGGCUUGUCCGCGGCGCACCUUCGUGAUCCCGAAGCGCCCUCCGCCGCCCCCGCCUGUUGAGCGCACGCCGCCGCGCGAGAGCCGCGUCCCAGAGGACCUGGUGGACGACCUACUCGAGGAAUACUUCCAGUCGCCGACUAGCUCGCCCUCGCAGUCCGACUUUUCCGAGGAGAGCCUGCUGGAGGACAUUCCCUUCUUCCUGGAUAACGAGGAAGAAGAGGAGAACGAGGACGCGCCGAUCCAGCUCCCGCUAUGCCUCCCCACCAGCCCCUUCGCGGUCGACUUUGAGUUCGACGAGGGCCAUAUGCCCUUCACGCUCGAGGAGCGCCGCCCCUCCAUCCACGAGCCCGCCAUCCAGGAAGAGCUUGAGGAGGAGGAGGACUGCAACGCGGACUCAGAGUCGCGCAUCCUGCGCUCCCGCUGGUCGUCCUCCACGCUCGACUCCGCGUAUUCGGCUGGUGCUACAUCCCCCAAGGCGCGCCUCAUGAAGAUCUGGAACAGGCACACCUCGUCUUCCUCCAAAUCUCCCUCCAAGUCCUCGACGCCGCCGUCCAAGGUCUUGUCUUCGCCGCCCAAGUCUCCCAAGCCCAAGACGACCAAGCACGCGCACUCGCGCUCCGUGUCCUCCUACCUCGCCUCCCCGCGCUCGCCGUACUUCAAAUUCAGGCCCGAGGAGGUCGCGGUGGUCGACUACGCGAACGCGCUCCCGCUGCCGAGCGCAACGUCGUCGCACUUCCCGCCCUCCGCUAGCUCGUCCGUGUUCCCGCACCUCCCGUCGCGCUUCCCGCUGCCCUCGGAGCCGCCGCUGCCGUCGCCGCGCCACCAGCGCCACCACCGGGCGCAGUCCGCGAGCACGCCGCCCGCGCUCGUGGCGUCUGGGUUCCGCUCGCGCUCGCCGUCGUCGCCGGUGUUCGGGCAGUACCUGUCGUCGUCGGGUUCGCGCUCGCCGUCGGGCUUCCGCUCGCCGCACUCGAGCACGCCGCCCGCGGUCGUCUGCCGCUCGCCCAGCCGGCAGAGCUGCGACUCGGCGGACAGUGGGGACACGUCUGCGAGCUCGGGUCUCCGCCGGAAACCUAUCCCGGUGGAGAUGUUCUUGAGGGCGUAGGCGCUUUCGGGGCCCCGGGGGUGCAGCUUCACUUCGGGGCUCGCUCCGUCGUCAUCAUAGACUUUCUUCUUUUUCUUCCUCCAUUUUUUUCCUUCUCAAUGCCUCGGUCAUUACUUCCUCAUUUUUCUCGCGCACUGGUAAUCUGCAUCUC